AUGUCGCACGCGCACGAUCACCUAGUGCGGCUGCUCGCGUGGCUGGCGGGGUUCGAGGCGGCCGAGCGCCGCGUCCACAGCCAGAACGGCGAGGACGGCGUGCUCGAGCACCUCUUCGGCUUCGUCGGCGCCGGGCCGAAGAACUACAUCGAGUUUGGCGUGAUGAGCGGGCGGGAGACGAACACGCGGCACCUGCGCAAGGCGCAUGGGUGGCGCGGGCUGAUGAUGGACGGCGGCUACCGCGACCCCUCGAUCAACCUGCAGCAGGAGAUGAUCAACGUCUCCAACGUCGUCAGCCUCUUCCGCAAGUACGGGUUCGCGCCGGAGACGGAGUUGGACCUGCUGUCGGUCGACACCGACUGCUACGACUACUGGCUGACGGAGACGGUCUUCUCUGCUGGCUACCGGCCGCGCGCCAUCGUGAACGAGGUAAACGCCGCCCUCACGCUCGCACCGCCCGCCAAGAUCAGCGUGCCGCCUCCGGACGACCCACGCGCGGGCGGCCGCUCGCGCUGCUUCGGCAGCAGUGAGGCCGACAGGCUGUCCAGCUGGUUCGGCGGGUCGGUCAGCGCGUUCUCGAGCCUGUACCAGCGCUACAAUUACUCGAUGGUCUACUGCGAGUCCACCGGCGUCAACUGCUUCGGCGUGCGCGACGACCUGCUGCGCCCGAGCGGGAGUCACGGCGCGCACACCCCACCGGUCUCGAGCUUCCUCACCGAUGCGAUGGUCUACCGACCAGCGAGGUACGGGCCGAACUGCGGCGGGCAUCCGCGGCCGCACGCGCCGGCCCGCGAGAACGCGAUGCGCUCGAGGCCCUUCGUCGACGUCGCCGAGCAGCCGAAGGCCGCCUUCCCGUACGUGCGCGCGCCGGCGAGGGAGCCGCGCAAGCCGGGCGAGCGGUACCCGACGGCGCAGUGCGCCGAGGGGCUGCGGGGCAAUCUGUGCGCCGGCGUCAGCUGGGCGUGA